AUGUCGCAAGCUUCCUUCUGGACUCUGAGAGAGAAUAUUGAAAGUUUGCUCAUCUUCAGCUCGCAAGAACGGCGCUGGUUGCGUGGUUUGGGGGUCUCUUUUCUAACAGGGCUGGCUGUUUUUUUUUAUGUGACAACAGUUGGCUGGGGAAGCGACCAAGGGAUCGGAGGAUUUGGAGAAGAACCAGGAAUUAAAGCACAGCUAACGAACCUUAUUCGAUCUGUACGAACCGUUAUGAGAGUGCCAUUAAUAGCGGUGAACUCCGUGACAAUCGUUCUCCUCCUCCUGUUUGGUUGAAGAUACCGGUUGCAAUAUGUGUCGGACAUCCAAAGAAGCAGGUUGCUAACCGUCACCGCUCUUGAGUUUUCUGGGAUCCAGCACGGUUUAGCUGUCAAUUUGACGUUCAGCUUACAAUAAUAAAGACACUAUUUCUAUUUAUCCUAUUUCCUAAUGUUCACUUGCAAGUUUCAUUAAACGAGAUCAUGGGAUCAAUGCAACAGCGCUGCAAAUAUCUUGGACUAUGACAAGUUCUCUUGCUGCCUGUUAAUAGCGUCGACUGUUAGAGUGUGCGUCAUCACGUACCGCAGCGAUUGUCGACAGGAUGCGGUUUUUAAGCGUCUCAUUACUCAGGGAUGAAUUUCCUUCAGUACGCUUCCCAAUUUAUUUUUGAAUUACGAAAAACAGCAGCGUGUUUUAUUUUAGGGGCUACCCCAGUACUAUUUAAGAGGACACAAAUUAGGCUUUACAAACACGUUACCAAUUACUGAUGUACAGUUGUGAUAUUUUUGGGCUAUAUUUUUUUUUUUUGUCUCCCUCAGAAGACGGAAACUAACUGGGUAAAGUCCUGAUUCAGUUCGCACUGGAAGCCGAAUGUUCCUGGUUUGAUUGAGCGCAGGAUUUUUUUAUUUUUUUUUUUUCUCUUGGUAGUCUUUUAACAUCAAUAAUAUUUUGUGCUGAUGGUGAAAUAAGUCGAAAAUGGGUGCAAUUGCUAUGCAAAAUCUAAAAAAGCUGUACCUAAAGCUGGGUAACUCUGUGUUAAUUUAGACUAGCGGGUGAUAUUAGUGAUUAGCAUUUGUUCUGUCAAGGAUUAUUAUGCUUUUUAAAAUGUGUGUUAAACUUCUGCGUGGUGAUUAGUGUGUUGGAAGUGGGGAACCAUUUGUACUCUGAGCCGCUUGGGAAGUGUGGGAGGGGAAUGUUGUGCCCUCUUCGAAUGCAACUCUGUGGUAAAAAAAGCAGAGAAAAUUUGCAGCCUCACCUCUUAUGAAUUUGCAGCCUCGCUUCUUAGGAAUUCGCAGCCUCUGCCUCUUACUGCUGCUUCUUCCCCUGCCCUCCAUCUUCCUUUGUUAAACUUAACAGCUUCCUGAGACUGAAGCUACGGGGAUGAUCUUGCAGUUCUGUCGUGGAGAGCGUGGCUAAGUGCGGCGGUACAGAUCUUGUCUCAAUUAAGACUGCUGGGUUAGGCCCGAUGUUCUACAGCAAGACUGAACUGAAGACGACUGAUUCUCCUGUACCUUUUUAGAAAAGUUAGCAAUCCUCUGUCUGUUCCUCUGCUAAAGUGUUUUAGCUUAUUUUUUUCAAAGUGGGGAAGGCCAAAGGAAGUCUGGCCGUUUCAUUAUGAUAAAACAGCUUAGGUUAUCAUCUCUUCUUCCGACGUCUUGAAGAUUAAAGCAUACGCUGUUGUACACAAAGAUAAAUCUGUAAAAUGUGUAAAUGAACUUGAUGAUCUUCAGUUGCAGUGUUUGGCAGAGUAGAGUAUAUCCAGGAGGAGAGUUGUAUGUUAUUUCCUUUUUUUUUUUAGUGAAAACUUGUAAAUAAAUGCUG